UGUGAAGAGCUCUCAGAAAGAAAAAUCAAAACCAAAAUUUAGAGAGAAAUUUGUACAGAAGAGAAUCUCAAUUCCCUGUUAUAAUGGCGCUAGCAGUUUCUUCUUCAACUUCCUUCAGUACUUCUCGUUCAGUUCCUUCUCAAGAACUAAUCAAAGUUUCACAGAUUGGUUCGUAUAAACCGUCGGAUAGAGGAUUAAACUCAUUAUCAACGGUUAAUAUAUCGUCAUCAUCAUCUCGUAGAAGAAGUUUAGUAAAACCAGUAUUUGCUGAACCAAAGAGGAAUGAUUCGGUUGUUCCUCAAGCUGCUUCAACUGUAAUUAAUCCUGAGGUAGCAUCACAGAAAGAAGAAACAGAAGAUUUUGAGAAAUUAGCUAAACAGCUUGAAAAUGCAUCUCCAUUGGAAAUUAUGGAUAAAGCUCUCGAGAAAUAUGGAAACGACAUUGCUAUUGCUUUCAGUGGUGCAGAAGAUGUUGUGUUGAUUGAGUAUGCAAGAUUAACUGGUCGACCAUUUAGGGUGUUCAGCUUAGACACAGGAAGGCUAAACCCAGAGACUUAUCAAUUCUUUGAUGCAGUGGAGAAACAAUAUGAUAUUCGAAUUGAGUACAUGUUCCCAGAUGCAUUAGAAGUGCAGGGUCUUGUUAGAACCAAAGGGCUUUUCUCCUUCUAUGAAGAUGGGCAUCAAGAAUGUUGCCGAGUGAGAAAGGUUAGGCCUUUAAGAAGGGCACUGAAGGGACUCAAAGCUUGGAUCACAGGACAACGAAAAGAUCAAUCUCCAGGGACCCGGUCUGAAAUUCCAGUAGUCCAGGUUGACCCAGCGUUUGAAGGCCUGGAUGGAGGGCCAGGCAGCCUAAUUAAGUGGAACCCUGUUGCUAAUGUGAAUGGUGGCGAUAUAUGGAACUUUUUACGUGCCAUGAAUGUGCCAGUCAACUCGUUGCAUUCACAGGGUUAUGUGUCGAUUGGGUGUGAGCCGUGCACAAGGGCGGUAUUGCCAGGGCAACAUGAAAGGGAAGGAAGGUGGUGGUGGGAAGAUGCCAAGGCAAAGGAGUGUGGACUACACAAAGGAAACAUCAAGCAAGAGGAGGGUGUUUCUGCACAAUCAGCAAGUGAUAGUGUUACAAAAGAGAAUGACUUGUUCGAAACUGAAAGCAUAGUAACUUUGAGUAGAACUGGGAUAGAGAAUUUGGCAAAGUUGGAGAACCGAAAAGAACCAUGGAUUGUUGUACUUUAUGCACCAUGGUGCCAAUUCUGCCAGGGUAUGGAAGAAUCAUAUGUGCAGUUGGGAGAGAAAUUGAGAGACAGUGGAGUGAAGGUCGGAAAGUUCAGGGCGGAUGGGGAUCAAAAGGAAUAUGCUCAAAAGGAGCUUCAAUUGGGGAGCUUCCCUUCAAUACUGUUCUUCCCUAAACACUCCUCACAACCUAUCAAGUACCCUUCUGAAAAACGCGAUGUUGAUUCCUUGGUGGCUUUUGUGAAUGCUCUCAGAUGAUGCUGAUAUGUGAGGGAUGAAACCCUGUUAGUUGAAUGGUAGAGAUCAUACAUGUUAGUACAAUUGAUCUGAUAUAUGCGUGGGUAGUACAUAGGGGACGGGGAACUUGACCUUCGUAGAUAGAGAGUUUAGUUUCACAAUAUGUUCAUAUGUCUUCUUUGUUGUUUCUCUUUGUUCACUGAUUUCUUGUUUUCCAUUGUGGAAUUCCCUUUUUCCGGCUUUAUUUCCAUGGGUGAGAAAUAUAUAUGGAACUUUUAACAUCAUCAGCUCGA